AUGACUUACUCACUUCCCAAAGGCCCCACCUCCAAAUACCCUCAAUUUGGGGAUUCCGUUUCAAUGUAUGAAUUUGGUGGUGGGACUGUGGCGGGGGCCGGGAGGGGAGGUGGAGUGAAAACAUUGUCUAUAGUGCUGUUCUACAACACCCCUUCCACUGUGGACUUCAUUGGUGAUAGGCAAAGGCUGGGGAGGAGUGGAUCAAAGCGUGCCAUUCUCUGCUCCAGCUUGGGGUCCCAGGCACCUUUUCUCCCCUCCUCACCCUUGCCCCUGCCAGUUCCAAGCCCCUGGGACCUGAACAUCACCACACCGCCUAGCCACUGUGAGCCAGCCUCUCCCCUAAUUCCCCCAGGCCCGGAGGGGCGUUGGCUGUUCUCCACCUGCAGGGCCAGCAGCUGACACGGGCCCACACAGUGUGGCUGGGACUACACCGGCAGCAGUGUGGUGGUGACAGUGGGGCCGCUAGCUCUGAAAGGCGUGCAGUUGUGGUGGGCACCGGGCGCCGGCCGGCCUCUGAUCUCAGCCUAUGGAGCCGCGGGCGGCAAAGGUGCCAAGAACCACCUGUCACCGGCGCAUGGAGUCUUCCUCUCCGCCGUUUUCCCCCUUGGUCGCGGGGAGCUGCCUUACAUCCUCGUAGGUCAGCAGGGAGAGGACGCCUGUCCGAGAGUAAGCGGAGCCACCAGCUCGUUCUGCCUCGGAGAGUCUCCGGCCGCUGAGGAGCACGCGGCGACGGAGGGGAUCGGAGGGGUUCCGGGGUCGCGGAGCUGGGCAGGAGUCGGAGCGGAUGGGGAUGCCACCGCCGUCUUUCCGCUGCGCGCCCAUGAGCUGGAGCCGCUGCUGGUGGCGGCCGGAGGAGGCGGUAGGGCGUACCUGAGGCGGGAAGACCGAGGCCGGACUCAGGCCACCCCUGAAAAACUGCGGAACCGCUCGGCGGCGCCGGGAAGCAGCGGGAGAGGCGGGGCGGCGGGUGGAGGGGACGGCCAGACGUCGCGGGCGCCCUCUCCGCCGGCCGGCCGCUCACCGCGGAAGGGAGCGGAGGGUGGCCAGGGCUGCAGGGAGGCCUGGGCUGCGCUUGGCUGGGCCUCAGCCGGCGGCUUCAGUGGAGACGGCGGCGGCCACCCGGGGGGCGAUGCCUCAGAGGCUGACAUCCUCUGGGCUGAUGGGGACGAUGGGGUAUCCUUCAUACACCCCAACAGAGAGCUCUACCUGCAGCCUCUGCCAGUCAUGGAGAGCCAUGGAGAGGUGGAGAUUCGAUUAUACCUCAAUCGCAGUCAUUGCCUUUUGAAAAUCUGCCAAUGGCAGGCAGAGCUCCAGUUGGCCAGAUGCAUGUGCCCAGAGGGCAUGGAGCUGGCUGCAGAUAACAUCACCUGCAUGGCUGCCCACCCCUCAGACCCUUUGAUUCUGAUGGUGGCUGUGAUGUUGAUCUUGACACUGAGACUCCCUAUGGUGUGUGGGGUCCUGAUUCUGGUGAACCGUAAGAAGUGGCAGGGCCUGUGGUGGAUGAGGCUGCCAGGCCCUGAGCUCCAGCGGAGCAAGCUCACCUCCACCAUCAGGACAACCCCCAACCCCUACUACUUCCAGGUGGGGCUUGGCCCAGCCCAGUCCUGGCCUCUGCCCCCAGGGCUUACAGAGGUUCCAGUAAAUGUCAUUCUGGCCAGUUAUUACCGCAAGGGGAGCCAGGCUCUGCUGCCUGUCAAGUAGAACCCAGAGGGCUUCCUGGAGGGCAUCUUCACAUCCAAGACAGACUCCUGGUCUUCUGGAGUGCUGCUCUGGGAGAUCUCACUGGACUACAUGCCCUACUCUUGGCACACCGAUCAGGAGGUGCUGGACUCUGUCAUCUGAGGGGGGUGGAUGGACCCCCUCAGGGGCUGUCCAAGGCCUGUGUACCAUAUCAUGACCCAGUGCUGGCAGCAUCAGCUUGAACUUCACCCUAGUUUUGCCAGCAUCUUGGGUCUUCAAUACCGCACUCAGAACCCUGAUGUGCUGAAUUCACCCCUUCCAGUGGAACUGGGACCCAUCCUGGAGGAGGAAGGGGCUGGGGACCCUAUCUUUGGCGGACCUAAGAUGUCCACAGACCCAAGAACCAAGUCUGGGGAGGGAGCCUCCUUGGCUCCUGGCCUCAAGCCCUCCAAAUCCAGGGGUCUCCAGCCUCAGAACCUUUGGAAUCCCACCUAUGGUUCCUGGGUCCCAAAGGGCCCUGAGGGUGAGGACUCUAGCACUGAGGGUAGCAGUUCCUCCCUGCACUCCUCCCCAGGCUUCUAG